AUCCGCAACCGGGCAGUUGUCGAUCAGGCGCCGCGCUAAUCGGACCUAGUUUCUUCGUUUCGUCUUUGGUCGGCGAAUCCUGCCGUGCAGCAGUAGCAGCAGUCCUUUUGCCGGGUUCAGUGAAACUGAUAACAGCUAGGCUAUAGUGUGGUGUGAUACGCGGUGAUAAGGGAUUAAGAAAUUGUGAAUGUGAGGUGCUCUGCUCUAGGACUGUUAUAGAAUUGCGGUGCUGUUGAAGAAAAACGGCGAUGGUGUCCCUUCGAGCGGGACUAGUUUUCAUAGUUGCAGCGAUUGCUGUUGUGGAGCAAUGUUGCUGGGCUUGCAGCAAGGUUCCAGUGUUCAAUGGCCGUGCGGUGACCAAGGAGAAGAAACCCGGAGAUAACGGAUAUCGGCUGGCAGUGCGCAACGAUCCCAGCGGCUACGAACCGGGCAAGAUCUAUAACUUAUUCCUGGUCGGUUCCCGAACGCACAUCAAACUCCAGCAGUUCACCCAUUUUAUGUUGACGGCUCAAGCCACCACUGGAACAUCGAAGAACGCCCGCACCUUCAUCGCCGGUCCGAAACGGGUCGGCCGGUUCCAACUGUUUAGCGAUUCGCUGACUAAGUUCUACGACAGCUGCGUCAACACCGUAACCCAAGCGGAUGACUUCCCCAAAACGGAAAUCCAGGUCAUGUGGGUUGCACCGGCCAGCGGUUCCGGAUGCGUCAGUCUGUCGGCAAUGGUUUUCGAAGGCGAGGAGUCCUGGUACUCGGACGACGGUGCCCUGACCAAGGUUCUGUGUGAGAUCAAACCGGACCCGUCGGCUGUUAAGGGGGAAUGCUGCGCGUGCGAUGAGGCCAAGUAUAAUUUUGUCUUCGAGGGAAUCUGGUCCAACGAAACGCAUUCGAAAGACUUCCCAUUCGCCGUAUGGUUGACACACUUUUCGGAUGUCAUCGGUGCUUCACAUGAUACGAAUUUUUCAUUCUGGGGUGAGAAUCACAUCUCUACCGAUGGAUUCCGAUCGCUAGCCGAGUGGGGUUCGAUUCGUCAAUUGGAGCAGGAGCUGCGUGCCAAAGGCCCUCGGCUAAGGACGUUGAUCAAAGCGGCCGGACUGUGGUACCCGAGAGUUAAUUCCAAUACGACUUCAAACUUCCGAGUGGAUCGAAAGCAUCAUAAGGUUUCACUGGCGUCCAUGUUCGGACCUUCUCCGGAUUGGGUUGUUGGUGUUAGUGGACUGGAUCUAUGCAGCGAGGAUUGUACCUGGGUGGAAUCACUGGAUAUUGAUCUGUACCCGUGGGAUGCUGGUACGGAUAGUGGAAUAAGCUAUAUGUCGGCAAAUUCCGAGACGCAGCCAAGGGAGAGAAUGCAUCGAAUCACAACACUGUAUCCAGAGGAUCCACGUGCUCCAUUCUACAAUCCAAAAUCGAAGGAAAUGGUUCCGCUGGCCAGGGUUUACUUCCGACGGGAGAAGGUUAUCCAUAGAAACUGUGAUGAUGAGUUUCUUCAGGCACAGGUACUGGAAUUGGCGGAGAAUACCGAAGAAGUCAAUAGGCCAGAGUGUGAGACAACCGGGUACAGCGAGUGGACACCCUGCUCGGUUACAUGCGGAAAAGGAAUUCAUAUGAGGACGCGCGAAUAUCUAAAACCGGAACAGGCUGCUAGGUUCCAGUGCAAUAGGCAACUGAUUUCUAAGGAGAUGUGCGUAGCGGAUGUUCCUGAAUGUGUCGAGGGUCAGGAGUCGGAGGAUAGUUCGGAGGAUAUUCGGAAGACGGCGGCUGCUGUCAAUGACGAUGGAGACGGGGUUGGAGUGUGCAAGACCACGAGAUGGAGCGAAUGGUCGGAAUGUUCGGCUACUUGUGGAAUUGGAGUCUCUAUGAGGACCAGGACGUUCGUCAACCACAUGGGAAGGAAGAAGUGUCCACAUAUUAGUGUUGUUGAAAAAGAGAAAUGCAUGCAACCGGAGUGUUCGCUAACUGAUGCAGAAGUUCCGGAUCCGAUGUGCCCAACAACAGUAUGGAGUGAUUGGAGUCCUUGUAGUGCAACCUGUGGAAAUGGAGUUAAGAUCCGAACUCGUCUCCUGCUCGUAGGGCCCGAGCUACUGGAUAAGUGUUUCCAAAGGAUGGAACUGAACCAGCAAAGACCUUGCUCAGAAAAGGCGGACUGUAUAUUCGACUUAGCCACUGCUAGGGAAAUCUGCUCCGAAACUCCCGAUGCUGGACCGUGCCGCGGCAAGUACCAGCGAUAUGCAUUCGAUGGCGAACGGGACACCUGCGUGCCGUUUUUCUACGGUGGAUGUCGAGGAAAUCGUAACAAUUUCCUGACGAACGAGGAUUGCCUUCAAACCUGUCGAGCUACAAGAGAUGAUGAUCGUCGUCAUCCAACCACUGGACCGCUGCAAGAUUUGGAAGCAGGCUUACCGGUGGAUUGUGUCCUAUCCGAUUGGACCGAGUGGAGUUCAUGCAGUGUAACGUGCGGUACGGGUCGAUCCGAGCGAAAGCGGAACGUUGUGGUACGGGAACGGAAUGGUGGUCAACCUUGCCCCAGUAGGCACAUCAAGCGACGAAAGUGCACUGGGCCACCGUGUGCAUUUGAAAAUUGAAAGAAAUUCAUUUUUAUUUGAAUUUUUUCCUUUUUUUUUUAAAAAUACUCGGACUAAACAUCGUUCAUAAAUACUUAGAUUUCUCUUGAGUAGCAUUUUUAAGCAAAUUUUAUGCUUCUGAAUAAAAUCAUGAUCAAUAAAUUCAAGAUA